AUGGCCACUACUCGGGAGCGGCGGAUUGCCAAAGAGCUCGCCGACAUACAUAAUGACCAGAACUCGGGGGUGGCCGCCGAACCCCUCGACCCCGCCAACCUGACGCACCUCAAGGGUUCUUUCCGAGGGCCGCCCGACACGCCGUAUGCUGGGGGAAUAUACGAGAUCGACAUUGUCAUUCCGGACAUGUACCCGUUCAAGUCGCCUAUUAUGAAGUUCAUCACCAAGAUCUGGCAUCCAAACGUCAGCAGCGUGACGGGAGCAAUCUGCCUCGAUACCCUCGGAUCAGGGUGGUCGCCCGUGGGCACCAUCAAGAUGGCCCUAAUCUCGCUCCGGAUGCUCCUUGAGUCGCCAAAUCCCAAGGAUCCUCAAGACGCCGAAGUUGCCAAGAUGAUGAUGGAGAGACCUAACGAGUUCGCAUACAAGGCACACGAUUGGGCCGUUAAGUACGCUGGUGCGCCGAGGAAGGAGCAUUUAACGCAUAACUAUCAAAAGGUGGCGGCUCCGGUAGUGAAGGACGAUCCGUCUAGGUACCAAGGUUACAACAAGGAUCUGGUAGACAGGUUCGUCAACAUGGGUUUCGAUGUAGACGCAGUGGUCGAUGCAUUUCUCUUUGUUGGCAUCGACCGGAACGGCGGUGAGGACUACGAGCUGGAAGAAGCCUAUAUGGGGGAUAUCACCGCUCGGCUUCUGGGGGAGAACUAA